AUGUGGCGCAUGCGUGGUAGCGCCACCAGGCGCGGGAGCUGCGGCGGCGGCCUCGGCAGCGGGGACAGCAACGGACAAGGCCGCCCUGGCCGGGCUCGCGGGGGCGGCGGGGUGGGUUGGCGAGGCCGUGCAGGCGGCGCCCGACAGCUGCUGGAGGAGCGGUUCGCGGACCUGGCAGCGAGCCACCUGGAGGCCAUCCGCGCGCGGGACGAGCGGGACCGGCAAAACGCCCGGCUGCGCGAAGAGAACGCUCGGCUGCGGCUCGAGAACCGGCGGCUGAAGCGAGAAAACCGCAGCCUCUUCCGUCAGGCCUUGCAGUUCCCCGGAGAGGGCGGCGACGGGACGCCAGCGGAGGCGACGGAAGCGACCAUGGCCCUUGAGACAACCGGCGCGAACAGGAAGGCAAGGGGCAACGGCCCUGAGGAGGAGCCAGACAGCCCCAGGGCCCUGAGGGCCCGACUGGAGAAACUGGAGGUCAUGUAUCGCCGGGCCUUGCUACAGCUGCACCUCGAACAACGGGGACCCCGCCCGCGGGAGGAAGAAGAGGAGCGGCCACUUCGGGGACCCGAGUCAGACCUCCGAGCCCCGGACCUGGAGUCCCCCAAGCCCAGGGUGUAGCCCGAGGCCCUGCCAGGAAGGGGCGGACCUCAAACGAGCCCCGCCUCCUCCGUGUGCCCGCUUUCCCAAUCCCUCCAUACCCCACAGCGCACGCUCCGGGCUGCGCCCGGCCCGCGGAACCUUUGGACCGCUCUCCUCUUUCAUCUCCCGCCCCCGCCCCGGACACUUCCGGGAGGCGCUAUGCAUUGGGCCCCGCAGAGGCUGAGAAAGAUGCGCCGGCCUUUGCAAUCACACUUACGCAGAACACCUGCCUGCUGCUCCUGCUGGUUUCCAGGGAGAGGCCUAGCAGCGGAGGGGCAGGUUUUAAACAGCACGAACUGGGUGCCAGCCAGUACCUCCUAAUGCCUGCACUUUCCCGGGUGUUGUGAGGACCUGUUGAAAUUAUCCUGUUUCGGUUCUUUGAGGGAUGAAGAAUUUGAGUUAAUUCAGUGUGUUCAUUCUUAAGUCCCCUAAGGCCCUCAGUCGUUAUCUCUUAAGUGGCCAACAUUUUGUGUUUGUUUUUAUAAGUCAGUAUUACUUAGGUGUCUAUAAAGCACCACCUUUUAUAAAGAAGGUAAUAUUUAUCACUGAAGAACUCAUGUCUGCUGGCUCCAGAGCUUAUACACCUAAUAUAUGCUCGUUUGUUUACCCCUAGAGAAUUUUUUAAGUAUCUGCUUAUAGGUGAUCCUUUGAGUUCAUAUAUAAAUGCGGCCCAUUAAAAAUAAAAGCUUCCCACAACUAUUAUUUGAAGUGUGUUAAAUUUUUAUAUACACUUCUUUAAGAGAUAUUUAAUAUCUGGAAUUGGUAAUCCUUUUUAAGCUAACAUUUUCGUUUUGCUUUAUUUGACAAUGAUCUUUUUAAAGAUUAAAGAUUAAACGUUGUCUCAUUUUUAUUACAUUUUAGGGACCAUAGAGUUUAGUCAGUGCAAAGCUCAUUUGUCUUACCAACUGUUUAAGAGCUUUUUAGAAAUUAUACAUUACUUGUGUAUCAAAAAUCUCAAAACAAAAUGAUUUGACAAUCUCAAUUGCCCUUUCAGUGGCAGAAAAGAAAAUGUGUCCUAAAAUCACUUUAUCACAAUUUGUCAAUUAGUAGCACUUUUGCCUCCUAAGCAGUGAAGAAGAUACCAUUGUGCCUGAUAAAAGUCACGGAUUCAAGAGAGUGUUUAAGUGAUGGUAAUCAGUUGAGGGGGUGGGGAGGGAAUCAUAUGUAGAGUUUGUGGUUAGGGGAAUGAAAGGUACUAUUUGUGGCAUAUUCAUAAGUUUCAAUAUGCAGCAUACAUUACAAAACAAAGUGCCAGGGAAAACAGUUUCGUGAUAUAGUUUUGAAGACACUGCACGUUUUGCUUGAAAGUAGUUGAUUUUGGGAAUAUUAAAAUUAUCCCUAUGGACAAAAAAUGAGAACUUGAUAAGAAUGGAUAGGUAUAUUAAAAUUAUUUCUAUCCUCCAUUUUCUAACAGCAAAAGAAAUUCAGGAUUUUUAGGAGGCAGAAAAGUAAUCUGUUAAUAAUGCCAAAUUUGGAAUUGAAGAAUUGAAAAAAAAUAUAUUGGCUCUACUACUUACCUGUAAUUUUGGGUUUAAAUUAGUUUUCUAGUCAGUAAAACAAACACAACACCUACUCAAAAUGUUAUGAGAAUUAAUUGAGAUGAUGUAUGCAACACACUGCUUCAAAGUAAGUGUUCUUUCUGGCAAUGAAAAUUACUGUCCAAAGCGUGUAAGUUAUAAAUUCACUUUUCAUUUAAACUUUCCCAUGGUUUCUAUACUUUGUUCCUAUGUAACUCUGUGAGUGUUAGCAGAGAUACAUACCUUUUGGAUGAGUUGAGAUUUUUCAUUCUUUGUAAGUAUAUAAAACCUCCUGUUGCCAUUGAGUUGAUUCUGACUUAUAGCAGCCCUAUAGGACCUAGUAGAACUGCUCCAUAGAGUUUCCAAGGAGCACCUGGUGGAUCUGAACUGCUGACCUUGUGGUUAGCAGCCUUAGCUCUUAGCCACUAUACCACCAGGGUUUCCUAUAAAUAUAUAGAGGAGAUAAAGUCCUACGUAAUAGGGGACCAGUGCAACAUAAUAUUCAAAAAUAUUUGCCAACUGUGGCAAUAUUAAAUAUAUUGAAAAGCAAGCAAAAUAUUUACGUAGUUCUUAAGCACUUUUUGACAUUUACAAUGUAUGAAUUUUUUUUUUCUAUACUGUUUCUAAUUUUGGAGGACAGUUUUUCAGUGGGGCUUAUCAAUUUAGUAAAUAUUCUGUGGGUACUGAAAAACAACAAUUAUUCUCUUUUUCUAGAAUAGAGUUCAAUAUGUACAUUUGGAUACUAAUUAUUGCCCUUAUAUUUUCUGUAUGUGCCUGAGUGGGUUUAUAUUUUAGCUUGGCACGAGCCAACCAAAGGGAAAUAUUUAUAUUCCUUGGUUGGGAGAGAGGUUCUCCAUCUAUGCUGUUGGACACAAAAAACUAGCAGAUAAUCUCUCUGGCAGCUAUCAUGUGAUCUUAAGUACAAGAUUUAAGACAAAAUUGAAACUGAAGAUGGCAGUGCAGAGUAGAAGAAAACUUGUUUCUUGAUGACAUCAUUGAGGCUCCGUUUUGUCACGCCUGGAGUCUGUCCUACCUCUGGAAUUCCAUGUAAAUUGAAAAGUACAUUUCCUUAUUGUUUAUGCCUGUUUGAGUUAGGGAAUUUUGCUAAUAGAAGACAAAAUGGAGUACUAGACAACAAUGAGAAAUGAGUAUUACAGUGACACUGUAAAAAUGGUAUGGGGCAGCGUCUGACCUCCAGCCCUACAAGGGGGAAGGAGAACCAAGAUCGACAGUGCAAGGCUGACUUCCAUGAAGUGGAGGCCAGACAAGCCUCCUGUCUCUGCUAUCUUUACUAAAUCUGACACCAACUGUCUCUCGCCCAGCACUCUCUACUUCUCUGCUGGGUUCAGUAAUUCAUUGCAGUGGACACACAACGCAUAGACCAUACUUACGAUUAUGGGGUUUAUUAGGGAAAUAACAGAAUUCAGGCCCAGGAACACUUGGUACGGUUCUUCCAUCAGGACAGCCUCUACCCAACAAUGCAUGUAGGUAUACCUCUCCCUGGCUCUAGGGCUCUCACCAAAGGCACUCAACUUUCUCUCUUUGCGGGCCAGGAAGCUCACCGUGCCAUCUCCUGCUGCUGAGUCUCUGCCACCGCUUCUCACCAUCUUCAGGGUUAAAACAGCCUGCCCUCUCUCGGUCUCCUGCUUCCAGGAGCUUCUCAGUGCAAGGAUCCCAGGUCCAAAGGAUGCACUCUCUUGCUCCUGGCUGUUCUUCCUUAAUGGUGGUAAGAUUCUCCUCUGUGCUCUGGAAUUGUCUCUCUUUUAAGGCAAAACUGAGCAAUCCCUUUGGCGGGCCACAGUUACCCUAUCACACAAUCCCGCCCAAUCACCUGGGUGGGAGUUACAAGGCCAUGUCUAGAGAGGCCACACAAAUGUAAUCAAAUCA